CGACCCAUCGCAUGUAGUAUAUAUCGGAUUGUGCGCUUGUUUUGACUGUGUGAAUGGGAUGUUGGGUGUAUACAAAUAUUUAGUUUUGUUUGAAUUAUAGCUUGGAUGUUGUUUUAAAUCGAAGUUUCGAAUGUUAACUCGUAGAAAAUAAUAUCUAGUUCAGGCCUAGAGGUUUCAGAAGGCAGAACUUGGUUACUGACGUUAUAAAAAUGGGAACAGUUGUUAUUCGGUAUUAUCAACCUGGAGACCAAUUACAGUGCCAAGAAAUUGUGAAGGAAGGGAUAAUGUCAACAGUCAACACGGCAUUUUUUGCUGGAUUGUUACGGGAAAUAACAUUUCAGUCAAUUAUUCUUGUGUCGGCCCUUCUGUUUAUUUUUGUCGGCGUUCCAUUUCGUAUUUGCUUUCUUACGGUGCCAGCAAGUGUAAUUUUCAUCGUGUAUGGAGGCAUCUACUUCGCACAUGCCAUGAGGGCCAUGGAAGUCAGCCAGGAAAUAGCAGAUAUUCCCCGAGUAUACAUGUCGUCCCGUGAUACCGGAUUCUGGGUUGCAGAGGUCCACGAACCGUUGUCCAACACGUUGAAACCGAAAUCAGAGAUUAAAUAUAGGCUAGCAACUGAACAUGAUCAGCUAAAUGCUCUUGGUGGCUAUCAGCGACGAGUAGUGGGUACCAUAGCUGUGAUGCGAUGUCGAACUACUGAUAAUGCUGCAUGGAUACGUCGCCUGGCAGUUAGCAGCGAUUACCGACGUAAGGGUAUUGGAUCUGCUCUUGUGGAUCGUGCACUGAGUUUCUGCAGUGAAAGAGGUUAUAAAACAGCAGAGCUUGUUACAACAGAAUGUCAUUCUGAGGCAGGAGCUCUGUAUUUUAAAAAAGGUUUUGAGACCAAACAAAUUUAUCAUAGACAAAUAAUCGGCAGUCUUGUUACGGUGAUGAUGUAUUCAAUGACUAAAAAGACUGAUUGUCUAAGUGCGUGAUACUAUAAGUUUACUUAGUGUGUGAUGCUAUAAAUUUUCUGCCAAUAGUGUAUUGUUUCUAUUUACUCCUUCUGACAGCUACUACUCAGUGUUGUCAAGUGAUGAAUUACAGGCCUAAAGAGCAAUAAUUAUUUUGUUAGUGAUGGGGGGGGGGGAGUG